AUAACGUAAUUUAUAAACAUAACAUUAAACAACAUGUCUCGGCAACUCGUUCGAAAAGCUUUUGAUCUGUUAGAAGAUGAAAUUAAAUCUGGUAAUCAUGAUAACAGAAAUGCAAAUUCCAAGUCAAAGAAAAAAAGUAGUACUGUCAGCGAAAAUAGUAUUAAAAAACAAAAGAUGUUGAACUCUAAAGAAAAAAAGAAUAAAAAAUUCAAAAAAAUGAAAUCACCUAUUGAUACAUAUAAGGAGAAACAUAUGGUAGAUAGGACUGAAGAAAAUCUUCAAAUACUUCUGAAGUUAAAGAGCUUGAAACCUAAACCUUCCACUGCUCAGAAGAUUUUAGACUUCCAUCAGAAGCAACUAACGAAAAGGCUUAUUGAACCUGAAGUAGAAAUUCAAGAACCUGAAUCCAUACUUUUCCCUGAGGAAAAUGAAAAACGAAAAAAGAAGAAAAAGAAAGAAAUGUAGAAUGUAAAUUUUUUAUUGUCUAACAUCUGUAAAUAAAACACUUAUUUUACAUUUA